CCUGGGAUUGUUUAUCUACUCUCUCUUCGCCGAGUCGGUGUGCAAUUACUUGCUCCGGACGGGCUGCGAUAGAACGUGGAAAGACGUCAGUGAGCGCCCACCUCCGCGGUUGCUUCGUCGCGUUGUGGUUGACAUCGCUCGCCGCCGGGUGACGAAGUGCAGUUGAAAUGUGCUUGAUGUGACUCGUGUAGGGCACUAGUAUGCGCAGUACAGGAUUUUCCUUGCUGGACCGGUAACUCCGACACAGCACGGUGGACUGUCAGAGCGCUGAGGUGGGUGACUAUCACCUUCAGUGGAGCGAGCUGACACGUCACUUGGACGGGGAUAAACGAAGGGAAUCAUAGCAUCAUCAUCAACUUGUGCAACCGAGGAGGCAGCCACCAGACGCCGCCCGUAAGUACUGUUGGCGGUGUAGUCCACUGAGACCAGCCAAUGCCUGGCAUGCAGUGAGAAAUUCAGGGACCAAGUGGCUGUGACUUGGAGAAGCUAAUCUGUAAUCAUGGCAGUGUCUGGUGGCAUCAUAGCCGUGCUGGUCAUCAUAGCAGUGCUAGGAGUGUCCGGUCUGGUCUUACUGGCUCUCUACGUCUUCAUGAAAGUCAGAAAGCAGACGACGGAGGACGGGCUGCCGGGAGCUGCGGCUGCGACAGUACCACCUGGCGGCGCGAACAGCACAGCAGCUGUGUCGCUGACCGGAGGCACGGCUGAGAAAGACACGGCGGCGAGGAACCAACCGAACAGCGGAGGUCGGCAGGAGAAGAGCGUUGCCGUGGUGAUCGGAGUGCGGUCUGGACAGCAAAGCGGCAUUCCACGAGACAUGUCGCCAGCUGGAGGUUUACCAGACAAAGCCAACGGCAAAGAUGGCCUUUCAGAAAGCAUGAAGUCGCCCAAUCUCAGCUGGGAUGCACAGGCAAUCUUUCAGGACCAAGAGCCAGGGCAUGGAAAGCCCAGUGUUUCACUACCCACAGAGCCUCCAACACUGCUGAAAGCCAAGAUACAGGCCGUGAACAGUAACAGCAGCAUCGGCAGCGCGUUGGAGCGCACCUCCGCAUUGUCCCUGCAGGCCUUCUCUGAAGAGGUUGCAGAUCGGGCUCGUCGCAAGGCCAGUGAUGAAGCAAGCAUAUGCAGAAAGCCGUCAGAUGAGACGCAGCCAGCUGUCAGCAUUGUACCGUCGCUGGCACCCAAAGCAUGCACGAGCAGUGCUGCCGAGUUGGAAGUCCAGCGUGCCCGCAGCAUUUCAGCCGUGGUGGCCGCCAAGCAGAGACAAGCGCUGGCGAUGAAGCGCAAGUCAGCCGGCUACUCCAAGGCAUCGCGGCACUCGGAAGGCGGGCAGCGGAGAGCGUCUGCCCCGGUGAAGAAAAUGGCAAAACGGGAGCGCUCCCUGUCUCUGCCAAUGAUCUCGGUUGAACGUGAUGGCAGGUGCAGCUUUCUGUUGAGUGAUCCUGGCUCGUCUGAUUCGGACACAGAAAACAGAACAGGCAAUUCCUGUAAGGAUGCGGCAAUGCGUAGGCCGGGUGGUCAGGGCCGGAAGAAGGCGAUAACAUCUUGCCCGCGGAUGCCAGUGAUCGCUUCACCGGUCAUCCAAACACCGCAGAGUGAGCUAUGGCAGGUGCAGGAAGUCUCGUCGCGGGUCAUACCCGCCACGGGAGCGGUGGAGAUCGUCGACCUGAUACAUUCCGACCCUGGCGACUGCGAUAGCACGGAAGAGGACAGCCUGUUCGUGGCGUCGCCGGCAAUGGCACGGGCCUGGCGCCAUGACGAUAGGGACAGGCUGGGCCGGGACUCUCCAGGUGCUGCGUUCCAAAGUGGCCUAGAGGCGCCGGCUGGCCAAGUACAGCAAAGGCGCGUGCUGUCAUUGCAACACAUGAAGACGUACGAUGCAAGACCGGCAGCAACUACAUGUACUGCCAAGACACUGGCACCGCCGCCAGAGGGCCACCUGCAGCGCGGCUCGCGCUUCAAGCGCUCGCGGCGCAGCAGUCAGAAGCAGCGUGUGCGCGUGGUUGGCCGCGCCGUCACCUUCCACAGCCACAGCGGACCGCCUACGAGGACACCGGCAUCGGGCUCCUCGAACACGCCAGGCUUUCCGGCCGGCGUACCGCCAGGUGGUGCCAUGGUGAGGAGAAAAUCAAGUAGCAAGGAUUGCCAGCGCAGAGCGUCGGUGGUGGAGAUGCUGCACAGCGAGACACAAGACGAAAGCAGCACGGCGAGCGUGGGACCGGAACGCCCACUGGAGAACAAACUCACUGUCUCAGUGCCUGCUGGCAGAACAAGGACCAGGCCAUCACUGGUGUCCAGUGAUCGAGUGCCGGUUCCCGACAACUCUCCCGCAAGUGAUAGUGACACGGCAUUCUUGACUGGCAAUGGCGAUCCCACAGCUGACGCACACGUGUUUGCCUCCGCCAGCAAAGCAUGUAGUCAUCAAAGACGUCAGCAGCGAGACAUGGCAUACGCCGCGGCAUCCUCCACCGAGGCUCUGAAUGAGCCGGCCGUGCGGUGCUACGUCCCGUCGCCCGAUGGAUUCGCGGCACGAGCAAUCACAGUCACCAUUGCCACUCCCAGCGGAGACGAGGUCAGUGAUAGCAUGGUGCUCGACUCGUCGGCGGACAAUCACACUGACUCGCCAUUGUCACAAUCAAGUGCUGCCCAGGCCGGGCACAGUAGCUGCACAGGACCGUCAGUUUCACCAGCAUCUCUCUACUCCGACGACAAGCAGGUAGGCAUAGACGUCUACUGCAGCAAGUCGGCACAAGGUUCACGUCGUCUGCCGGGCGACCUGGCAUCAUCUACAAACACACUUGACACGGACAGUGCAGUUUAGGAGUGCAAUGUACUCAACGGACAAGCAUGUGUUGUGAAGAUUCGAUCAACACCAGAACAAUGUUUAGCAGUAAUUCCUGAUUCCAGCCACUUUAUAGUUUGAAUUGGCUGCAUGCAUUUUGUUGCUAAGUUAGGGGUUAGCGGUGAUCAAUAGCAAUAAUUCGUGAACCGAAGAGAUAUGACAAUUCUUGCCGAGAUACUAGCCAUAUGGUGACUCCAGAACCACACACACGCGCACGCGCGCACACGCUUGCAGAAUAUCACGAAUCUGUCACAAGUGCAUGUACCACAGUGGCACAAUGAAAGUGUCAUGGCAGUCAUGACUUCUACCAUGCCAACACUCGAGCCUCCGCAUGUACAUUACUUCGACGUAAAUUAGAGUGUAAAUUCUAAAUUCCAUACUUUCUUCACUAUGACGUGGAGAUUUCAAGAACAGAGGCAAGAUGAACACUACAGGCUGUGCCAGUCAAGUUCUUUUUUCUCUUUCAAAAUUUCAAAAUAAUUUUAAAUAUUAUUUGAAGACAGUA